UGAAGGUGAGUUGUUUACUUAAUAAGUAAUUAAAACCUGUUUCAUUGUUUGAGAGAUGAAUAGUUUACAUUUUAACAAACAAAUAUGGUACUACCAAGAUCAUUUUAUGCACACUUUCUUCUUAAAGGACAAAGCCUUUUCUGCUUCUUAAAGAACAGUUAUUCUGGAAGUAGGCUAGGCCCAUUGUAAACAUCAGCUUCUAUUAUUAAUUAAUGAAUUAUUUACACAAUUUUGUUGAAGACAAAGGCUUAUGUACAUCAAGUUAAUUAAUUUUGUUUUUUUUUCUGCAGAUGACACAGACGCAGACCCUGACUAUUUGCCAAGUGGAAAUGAAGACAAUUCUGCAAGAGAUCUUUUCAGAAAUCGCCCAUCAACAAGUGGCGUGGUUGUAGAAGAGCAAAAUAAUGGACCGCCUGCAAAAAGACCAAAACAUGAAGGAAAGAAGAAAACAAGAAGGCCUGAUCAGUGGAAGAGAAAAAAGGGGUCGAUUGCUCGCAAUAAAGGGGAAGGGUACACUGACAGAACAGGGAAAAACCAUCAACCAAAGCAGGUCAGAGAUUUUAACCAUAAUUGUAGGUAUGAGUGCAGUGAUAUUCCUCAAGAGAAACGCCAAGAAAUAUUUAAUGAGUAUUGGGCUCUUGGAAACUGGGAGUUGCAGUCGGCUUUCUUGAAUUCUGUAAUUUUACACCAUAGUCCACAUCAGACCAGAGCAAACAAUGAACAUUACAAUAAAUCUGUUUCGUGCCAGUAUUUUUUUGGCCACAAACAGACACAUGUGCUACAUGUGACAGACUCCAACAGCUUAUUGUACAUGGAUCACCUGACGAAAAACAGGCAGCUACAGUACAGAAAGAACUCCACCUACGCAAGGCAGAGAGUGCUAAAGCACAAUUAG